AUGGUUUUGGUGCAGAAAAGUCCACGUCUUCAAUCAUCAGCCAACUGAGCCCACCAGCACCUGAACAAAAUUAUAAAAACAAAAAAUUUAAUACAAACACACAAACCAACCUCGAACGCAAACCCACGGCCACCACCUUCUUCUCCCUGCAAUUGUGCUCUACCGACAUCAAUUGAACUACUGAAAAACAUGCCAUACUCUCUGCUUUGUCUUGGAAAUCCCUUGUUGGACAUUCAGGCUACCUGCCCUCCCGAGUUCCUCGAGAAGUACGGUCUGAAGGCCAACGACGCUAUCCUCGCCGAGGAGAAGCACAUGCCUGUCUUUGACGAGAUUCUGCAGUAUGAUGCCAAAUACCUCGCCGGCGGUGCUGCCCAGAACACCGCCCGUGGUGCCCAGUACGUCCUCCCUGCUGACUCCGUCGUCUACUGCGGCUGCGUCGGCGAGGACAAGUUCGCCGACAUGCUCCGCGAGGCCAACAAGAAGGAAGGUCUCUUCAACGCCUACCGCGUCGAGAAGGACAUCCCCACCGGCAAGUGCGCCGUCAUCGUGACCCAGAACGGCGCCGCGCGCUCGCUCGUCACCGACCUCUCGGCCGCGAACCACUACAAGGUCGAGCACCUCAAGUCGCCCGAGGUGUGGAAGUACGUCGAGGAGGCGUCGACUUUCUACGUCGGUGGAUUCCACUUGACUGUCUGCGUGCCUGCCAUCCUCGCCCUCGGCGAGCACGCGGCUGCCACUAACAAGCUCUUCACUAUGAACAUGUCGGCGCCGUUCUUGUGCCAGUUCUUCAAGGACCAGAUGGACUCCGUCGCGCCCUACUGGGACAUCGUCAUCGGCAACGAGAGCGAGGCCGCCGCCUACGCCGAGGCCCAUAACCUAGGCACUACUGAUGUCACCGAAAUCGCCAAGGCCAUCGCCGUCCUUCCUAAGGCCAACGCCAAGCGUCCCCGCCACGUCGUCAUCACCCAGGGCGCCGACUCCACCGUCGUCGUCACCGCGGACUCUACCGGCGUCACCAGCUCAAAGGUCUACGCCAUCAACCCCAUCGCCGCCUCCGAGAUCGUCGACACCAACGGUGCUGGUGACUCCUUCGCCGGUGGAUUCGUCGGCUCUUUGGUCGGCGGCAAGUCCUUCGACGAAGCCGUCGACGUCGGCCACUGGCUCGCAAGCUGGACCGUCCGCCUCAACGGCCCUGCGUAUCCCUACCCCAAGAUCUCUUACUCCGCUUAAACACUGCGCGUGUGUGGGUAAGCGCGUGCUGUUCAGGUUUAUUUCGUGUUUGGUAUAUAUAAAAGGGACCUGCGUAGAAUUAAAACUGU